GGAUAAUGCUCCAUAUCUUUAAUAUAUCUAUGAUGGACGCAGUCCACACUACAGCAGAAGCAUUGACUUAAGAGUGGAAAAGGGGUAAUCUUGAAAAGCAAGAAAACAAAACCAGUUUCUUUUGUUGAUUUUUCUUUGCACAUGUACGAAAAUUUAAUAAAUCUGUAGUACCCACAUGUUUGUGUUUCUCGUCUCUCGUUACCCGAGUGGUCCCUGCUUUAUUUUAUGGUCAACAAUCUUGAACUCUUUUUUUAGUGUUAACUAGUAUGCCGGAAAGCAAUGUAGAGAUUAAUACUUCGUGUUAGGUAGGAUCACAAUAGGCGACAAAACCCUCUCUCAAGAGGUUUGACACAGUUGCAUAUAAAGUCUUUUAUCAUCUGUAUAAACCCCUUCACUAUGGUAUCUUCCCUUCCCUUUGUUUAGAGCAAAGAGAGAACAUAAAAAAAAAAAAAAAAAAACAAAAAGUGGUUAAAGUAGUGAUAGCUAAUUGAGUAUCUGAGAUAUGCGUAUCUCUCACAAAAAGUACGAUGUAUUCAUUAGCUUUAGGGGAGAGGAUACACGUACAAACUUCACUGCCCAGCUUCAUCAAGCUCUUAGCGAUAGAAGUAUCGAAUCAUACAUUGAUUACAAUCUUGUUAAAGGUGAUGAGGUUGGACCUGCUCUUACCAAAGCAAUUGAUGACUCACAUAUGUCUCUUGUAGUUUUCUCAAAAGACUAUGCAACUUCAAAGUGGUGCUUGGAUGAACUCGUCCACAUACUUCAAUGCAGAAAACUUAAUGGACAUGUAGUUAUACCUGUGUUCUAUAACAUAGAUCCAUCACAUGUACGUCAUCAGAAGGAGAGUUACCAGAUGGCAUUUGCAAGAUUUGAGAGAGAACUUGCCCACAGUAAAUCUCAUGUAGACAAAGUGUCUGAGUGGAAAGCUGCUCUCAAUUUGGCUGCCAAUAUAUCUGGAUGGGACUCUCGCAAAUAUCGAGAUGAUACUCAAGUCAUUGGCAAUAUUGUGGAAGAUGUUUUGCAGAAGUUGGCCCUCAUGUACCCUAAUGAACUGAAAGAUAUUGUUAAAGUUGAUGAGAACAGUGAACAUAUUGAAUUAUUAUUGAAAACAAUACCAAGAAUUGGAAUUUGGGGCAUGAGUGGAAUAGGAAAGACAACCAUAGCAAAACAGAUGUUUUCCAAGAACUUUGCCCAUUAUGACAAUGUAUGCUUCUUGGAAAAGAUAAGCGAAGACUCGGAAAAGUUUGGACCAAUAUAUGUUUGUAAUCAGCUUCUUCGUGAGCUACUGAAGCGAGAAAUUACAGCGUCUGAUGUUCACGGACUUCACACAUUCAUCACGAGGAGGCUCUUUCGCAAAAAAGUUUUCAUUGUUCUUGAUGAUGUUAAUAAUACGACACAGUUAGAUGAUUUGUGUCGCGUACUUGGUGACCUUGGACCUAACAGUAGACUCAUUAUAACAACGCGAGACAGGCAUACACUUGGUGGAAAAGUUGAUGAGAUAUAUGAGGUCAAAACAUGGAAGCUUAGAGACUCUCUAAAGCUUUUUAGCUUAAGAGCCUUCAAGCAAGACCAUCCUUUAAAAGGUUACGAGCGUGUCUCUGAAAGGGCAGUUGAAUGUGCAGGAGGUGUUCCAUUAGCUUUAGAAGUUUUGGGUUCACAUUUUCAUUCCAGAAAACAAGAAUUCUGGGAAUCCGAGUUAAAUUUGUAUGAGAACAAAGGAGAAGCCUUCCCCGAUAUUCAAAAAGUGCUAAGAACAAGUUAUAAUGGAUUAUCAUGGCGACAGAAGGAAAUGUUUCUAGACAUUGCAUUCUUUUUCAAAGGUGAAAACAAAGAUAUCGUCACAAGGAUACUAGAUGCCUUUGGUUUCAAUGCAACUAGUGGGAUAGAAAUCCUCGAAGAUAAAACUCUUAUAACCAUCUCAAACAACGACAGAAUACAAAUGCACGACUUACUACAAAAGAUGGCCUUUGAUAUAGUAAGAGAAGAAUAUAAUGACCGAGGAAAGCGUAGCCGACUGAGGGAUGCUAAAGACAUUUGCGAUGUACUUGGAAAUAACAAGGGGAGUGAUGCAAUUGAAGGAAUAAUAUUUGAUUUGUCUCAAAAAGUAGAUAUACAUGUUCAAGCUGACGCAUUCAAAUUGAUGCAUAAAUUAAGAUUCCUUAAAUUCCACAUCCCCAAGGGUAAGAAGAAAUUGGGCACUGUGCAUCUUCCUGAAAAUAUUAUGCCAUUUUUUGACAAAUUGAAAUACCUUGAGUGAAAUGGGUAUCCCCUGAAGUCUCUUCCAGAGCCUUUUCAUGCUGAGCAGCUGAUUCAGAUUUGUUUGCCGCACAGCAACAUUGAACAUCUUUGGUACGGGAUGCAGGAACUUGUGAAUCUAGAGGCAAUCGACCUAAGUGAAUGCAAACAGUUACGCCACCUCCCUGAUUUGUCUGGGGCGUUGAAACUCAAACAGUUACGCCUUUCCGGUUGUGAAGAAUUAUGUGAACUUCGACCUUCUGCUUUUUCUAAGGACACACUUCAUACUUUGCUACUGGAUAGGUGCAUAAAACUGGAAAGUCUUAUGGGUGAGAAGCAUUUAACAUCUCUAAAAUACUUCAGUGUCAAAGGCUGCAAGAAUCUGAAGGAAUUUUCAUUGUCUUCAGAUUCAAUAAAAGGGUUGGAUUUAAGCAAAACCGGAAUAGAAAUAUUGCACCCAUCAAUCGGUGACAUGAACAACCUUAGGUUGUUGAAUCUAGAAGAUUUAAAUCUAACAAAUCUACCGAUUGAAUUGUCUCACUUGAGAUCACUUACUGAACUCCGGGUUUCUACGUGCAGUGUAGUAACUAAAUCAAUGUUAGAAACCCUUUUUGAUGGUCUGGGAUCAUUAACAUUACUACACUUGAAAGUCAGAAAGUCAGAUUGUUUUAGGCACUGGGAAUUUAGACAAGGACUUGGAAUUAGAGUUGUACCAAGAAAUUCAAUUUGAGAGAUCAGUUGAAGGCUGUGAUGAGGGAGAAUGCAUUGACAUUGAAUCAAAUGAAAUAGGUGAUGACAAGGAAGGCACUGGCAUACAGAACCAAGAAUUGGACUUGAAUGAAAACUGUCACCGUUCAUAUGACUGUUUAAUUGUCUCUAAAGAUACUCAGGUACAUGAAAAUCCUCAAGAGAAAGAAAAUUUGGAUGAUGAUGAUGAUGAUAAUUCAAAACAAAUGGUG